AAGGAAACACGGGCACAACCUGCAAAUCUUUGCUAUUUUGGGGUACUUUUUUUCGCAGCCCUUGUCUCCUUCUUCAUCGUCAUCUCUUCUCUCUCUAUCUUUUUUUUUUUGGUUUGGUUCGCUCUGUCGAGCUAGCGAGCUUCAAUUCCUUUGGAUUCAAUCUAGGGUUAGGGUUUUGGUAUAUCUGGAAUCUCUGAUUAUGCUUCUCCAAUGAAACAGGGCGGAGAGUUUCGAGUUUUGAUUCUUCAACUUUUGCUUUGAUGUUGUUGUUCUUGUUCUUGUUCUUGUUCUUGUUCGAGUGGUGAUGGAGGCGGCGAAUCCACAGCCACUUCAAGCUCGUCCCUACGAAGAGCACGCUCAAGUUCCGGCGAUACAGAUCGAGGACGACGACGACGGCGAGUACGAGGAUGGCGUCGAUGGUGGCGGUGAUGAUGCUAUGGAUGAGGCGGAGGAAGCUCACGUGACUUCCGUGAAUGCUUCCGACCACCACCGUCACGGCGGCGGAGAUGGUGGUAGUGGUGGUGUGGUGGUGGCGUCUCGGACUAGUGAGCUCACUCUCGCUUUUGAAGGAGAGGUUUAUGUGUUCCCUGCUGUUACGCCUGAAAAGGUGCAAGCUGUGCUCUUGCUUUUGGGAGGGCGUGAAAUACCUACUGGUGUGCCUACAAUUGAUGUUCCGUUUGAUCAGAAUAAUAAGGAUUUGGAUGAUAACCCAAAGCGCUCAAAUCUUUCACGAAGAAUUGCCUCCCUAGUUAGGUUCCGUGAAAAACGAAAGGAGAGAUGCUUUGAUAAGAAAAUCAGGUACAACGUGCGAAAGGAGGUUGCUCAAAGGAUGCAUCGUAAGAAUGGACAGUUUGCUUCAUUGAAAAAGAGUCCAGGGGCUGCUUGUUGGGAUUCUCCUAAUAGUUGCCCUCAAGAAGAUAGCACACCUCGUCCAGAAACUGUCGUUCGAAGAUGUCAUCAUUGUGGUGUUAGUGAAAAUUCUACUCCUGCAAUGCGUCGUGGCCCAGCUGGACCAAGGACACUCUGCAAUGCAUGCGGACUUAUGUGGGCAAAUAAGGGAACUCUGAGAGAUCUGAACAAGGGAGGGAGGAAUCUUUCUUUGGACCAAAUAGAACCGGAAACACCUAUUGACAUUAAGCCUUCAAUCAUGGAAGGAGAAAAUUUCUUUGGAAACCAGGGUGAUCCUGGAACUCCUGAAGAUCCCUCUAGGGCUGUAACAGGAGGAACUGACAAUCCUUCUCUCAAUCCAGACGAGGAAGAUACUGCUGAAGAUCAUCCAAAUAGUUCGCCAAUGGGGAUUGUCAAUUCUUCAUGCAACCUUGAUGAGCAGGAAACUCUUGUCGAGCUCGCGAGUGCAUCAGAAACUGAGAUGGAGAUUCCUGCUAACUUUGUUUAGUAGUUUCUCUCAUGUUGUUAUUGCUAUUUACAGGCCAAAUAUUGUUGAAACUCAUCGGAUAAGCAAUAACUUCUCGUAGCUUCAAAAUGGCAAAUGACAUGCGUCCAGAAUGCAGUGAUUCUCUCACUACCCACAGAGAGAGAGAGGAACACCGUUGGUUCCACCUGACAUUAGAACAUCUGGGAUGCUUGAAUGUUGAUAUUAAUUGGUAGGAUCUUGUUUGUGUAUUGAGUUGUUGGAAGAUGAUGUUUGGAGUGCCUUAAUCAGUCUUUAUAUAUUUAUCAUUUUUAGGGUUUUUUUUUUUAAUAGAAUUUAUUGAAUUCUGCUUUAUUUAUUUACUUUUUAGUUUGGUUCAAUGUGCAUUGGUAAUGUACUUGUCAUAGUGUUUAAUUUCCCCAGAUAUAAACCCUAUUCUGUUUUUUUUAUUUUUGUUUUUAUAGCCAAUUUGACAAAUAUACCCAAGGCAAUUGACCUGUG